GUUGAAAUGUUUGCCCUAAAUUGAGCCAUUUAGUUUCAAGAACGUCACAGUGCGACAAUAGUCGACCCAGAACUUGGAAGUGUAGCUAGCGGCACCGAAUCAACUUCGUGGUUCGCCAUCGCGAUUGCAAGCAAACAAAAGCCAGUUAAUCUAUAGCGAAAACCAGCGGCUUGAAUUCCUUUGCCAUCAUCAUCAUUAUCGUCAGUACCGAACCUGCCCCCGAAGUGUUCGUCUCGUCGAUGAUAGUGUAAAGCUAGCGACGCACACCACAGUAUCGGACUACCUCAAAGUCGAACAUUAUGCAACGCAUAUAAAUAUAGAAGGGAACGUGGCGUGCGAAAUCUUGUCGCCUGUCAACCAGAAGAAAGCCACUUUAUCUGAGUGAUACACGAAGCUUUACUAAAUUCAUCGUACUGCUAUCUUCAGAAUUUUAUAAUUCCAAAUAAAGUAACCAUUAUGGCUACAGCACUAAAAAGCAAGGUGGCCCAAAAACCUUCAAACAAGGUGAUCGGUGUUAUCGAUGAGGGGACCAGCAUCACCCGGUUUGCGUUUUUCAGGCUGCCCGACUUCGUUGAAAUUUGCUCCCACCAGGUGAGCAUCACUCAGAUAGCACCACACGAAGGUUGGGCCGAGCAGAGUCCGGUUGAGAUACUGGAGGCCGUCCGGCAUUGCGCCGUCGAAGCGUGCCACAAGCUGGAACAGGUCGGCUACAAAGCAACGGACAUCGCAUCGAUCGGUAUUACCAAUCAACGGGAAACUACGGUCGUGUGGGACAAGAAAACGGGCGAGCCACUGUACAACGCAAUCGUCUGGGAUGAUAUCAGGACAAAUUCCACGGUCGAUAAGGUGCUAGCACGCCUACCGGACCAAAAUCACAAUCACUUUCGGUUGAUAUCGGGAUUGCCCGUUUCACCGUACUUUUCCGCACUGAAACUGAAAUGGCUGAAGGAAAAUAUCUACGCCGUUCGGCGGGCGUGCCGAGAGAAGCGUUGCUAUGCCGGAACAAUCGACACGUGGCUUAUAUGGAAUCUUACGGGUGGCAUCGAAGGGGGAGCAUUUGUAACCGACGUCACGAACGCUUCCCGCACGCUGCUAAUGAACAUCGAAACACUACACUGGGAUCCGCUGUUGAUUAAAACAUUUUCGCUACAUGUGGAUAUGCUACCGGAGAUUCGCAGCUCGUCGGAGAUCUACGGAAGGAUAGAGAAUGUUGGAAGCGCAUUGGACGGUGUUCCGAUCAGUGCGAUACUAGGCAAUCAGCAGGCCAGCUUGGUUGGUCAGCAGUGCUUCCGGGAGGGACAGGCGAAAAACACCUACCGAAAGGGAUGCUUUCUGCUGUACAAUACCGGCGACAGGUGCGUUCAUUCCACUCACGGACUGGUAACAACCGUAGCCUACAAGAUGGGACCAAACAGACCGGUGGUGUACGCCCUGGAAGGAUCGGUAGCGGUCGCAGGUUUUGCGAUGAAAUGGCUCAGGGAUAACCUCGGGUUGCUGACAGACAUUCCAAACGAUUCGGAGGAGAUAGCCGGAAGUGUCUUCUCUACCGGAGAUGUUUACUUCGUACCUGCAUUCACUGGCCUUUACGCACCGUACUGGAGAAAGGAUGCCAGAGGCAUCAUCUGCGGCCUGACCAGCUUCACCACCAAGCACCAUAUCAUACGGGCUGCCCUGGAGGCCGUCUGCUUUCAGACACGUGAUAUUAUCGAAGCGAUGAAAAAAGACUGCGGCAUAAAUCUAACCAAGCUUCAUGCGGACGGUAUCAUGACCAACAACAAACUGCUGAUGCAACUGCAGGCCGAUUUGAGCGGAAUUCCAGUGUUAAAAACGGAAGUCCCCGAUCCUGCUGCACUUGGUACGGCGAUGGCUGCAGCGCAAGCGAGAGGUAUUGAUCUCUACGACAUGGAACCGGACAACUGGGAUCAACAAUUACACAUAACUCAUGAGACAUUCCUGCCGACUACCACCGAGACGGAGCGAAACGUACGUUACACCAAGUGGAAAAUGGCCGUCCAGCGAAGCUUGGGCUGGGUUGUAUGCAAAAAGAGUAAAGACAUGACUGACGAACGCUACGCGCUGCUUGCGUCCAUUCCGGCGAGUCUCUUCCUGGUGUCUUCCUUCCUGAUGCUGGUGUUCUCUCAAACACGCCAAACAAGCUGAUGAGCCCCGGCGUGCUGCUUUGCUGCUGCUCAAGCAUGUGGCUGCUGUUAGCUUCUUUCAUUAGUUUACUACCUACUCCUAGAAGUGAUCGUACACUGACAUGAAUUAGCUGGACCAUCUUUAUACCUGCCAGCAUUCGGCACAAGGUGCUUAAUUUUACUAGAAUAACUGUGAACAUUUCGGACAGGAUACUACGUACAAAACAAUAUUUUUUUCAGUAUCGCUACUACAUUCAAUGUUAAGAACAUUCUAAUUCAUAAAAUUAAGCUACGAGUAACAAUCGAAGAAGGUUUAUCCGAAUAGAGUUUUUGUUAUAACCAAAUUUUAAGUUUUCGUUGUGGUUGUAAAAGAUAGUGCCGCUGUAGUAGUUAGUGCUUAAAAGUUGACAAAGGCCAAGUAUUGCUAACUCUUCCAGUUUAUGUUUAAUGCGGUUUCAGUAGGUAUGCGCUGUAUUUGUCAGUUUUCAGCAAUUUAUUUUAAAUACGUAUAAGGCAACGACGAAUUUGAGACUUCUUUAAAUUAUAUUUUACUUAAAGUGUGUUGUUAGCAGAUUAUACUAUCAGGUGUUAC